UCACUUAAGGGUUCAUGCGGCCCUCGAGUCGUCAUCUCCCUUAACUCCCAACAACAACAACAACACCAGUGAAGCACCAAUGAAACUCUGAAGAAAUACACUACAUACCGCAUUAUACAACACCAGAUCACCAGCGGCAGAAAGUUAUCAUCCAGGCGCAGGUUCAGCGACUUGUCGUGGCCUGGCUGGCAAAGCUCUCGCUACACACACGGAGGGUCCAGGUUCGAUUCCUGGCGGGUGGAAACAUUACAUUGUGUUUCUUUACACCUGUUGUCCUGUUCACCUAGCAAAUCAGGAACUGCUGAGAAUGAAGAGUUAAGGACAUAAGAAUGGAGGAACACUGCAGCAGGAUUACUGGCCCAUUUUUGAGCAUUUAUACCCAUUCUGUAAUACGGCGACCAGAACUGAGCAGCAUAGUCUAAAUGAGGCCUAACCAAGGAUAUACAGUGGACCCCCGCUUAACGAUCACCUCCAAAUGCGACCAAUUAUCUAAAUGACCGAACUAGGAAAAUGGCCAUAAGUUCUUAUGAAAUGGUCAUAAGAUUAGUUAAGUAUGCAAGUGGAACCCCACCAUUGUUCAGUGUAUCUAAAAAAAAUCUUCAAAUAUAUCUACUUCUGUAAUUUAUUAGAGAAGCUAUAUAGUAGAGAAACCCAUAUCAGGAGUAAGUAGCCAGAACACUCGACUUAAAAGAAAUAUUUAAUUAAAUCUUUGAUACCUCAUACCAGAGAAAAAGAAUUCUAUUAAUAGACUAGUGUUUAGUGUAUCAGAAUUUUGAAAAAAACAAUACAGCAAGAUGAGUGCUCAUUCACUGAAGAAGUCACACCAGUGUUCAGUGUGCUUUAAACACUUUACAAAUAAAUCCCAUUUAACAAGACAUUUGAGAGUUCACACGGGAGAAAAACCAUAUAGAUGCUUGGUAUGUCAUAAGGGCUUUGCACAAAAGGGUCAUCUAGGAAUUCAUGAGAGAACUCAUACAGAGGAGAAACCAUAUCAGUGUUCGUUAUGUUUAAAAACAUUUCCGCAAGAAGAAAACCUAAUCAAUCACAUGAAACGCCAUACAAAACAGAAGCCGUCUUCAGAGAGUCUGAGAGACUUUAAACAUAAAUCUCGUUUAUUUUCAUAUGAGAAAUUUCACACUGAGGAGCAGCAAAAUCAAUAUAAGUGUUCUUAUUGCCCAAGAAAGCUGAAAACUAAAUCAAAUUUAGUCAGACAUGUGAAGCUUCACUUAGGGGAGAAACCUCAUCAGUGUAAAGUGUGUCUGAAAGCUUUUCCUCGCAAACAUCACCUGGACCAUCAUAUGAGAGUUCAUACUGGAGAGAAGCCCUUUCAUUGUACUGAAUGUUUAAAAAACUUUACACAAAAAGCUCACCUUGAGCUGCAUAUGAGACUACAUACAAAAGAGAAACCAUUUCAGUGUACCGAGUGCCAAAAAUGUUUUACUCAAAAAGCUCAUCUGGUACUACAUUUCAGACUUCACACUGGAGAGAAACCAUAUCAGUGUUCACUGUGUCUGAAGGAGUUUUCGGAUAAAUCGGCUCAAGUAAGUCAUAUGAGGGUUCAUACAGGAGAGAAGCCAUAUCAGUGUUCAGAAUGUCAGCAAUGUUUUACUGAAAAUAAGACUCUUGUUUAUCAUUUGAGACUUCAUACAGGAAAGAAACCAUAUCACUGUGCAGAAUGUGGAAAAGACUUUAGACUAAAAUCUAGUCUGGUAUCACAUAUGAAAACUCAUACAUGAAUGAUUCAGUGUAAGUAAUCAGGUUGCCAAAAAAUCAGUAUUUAACUCUUAGUAUGAAAUAUGAAGGAUCAUACAGAUAUGAAACCACAUCAUGUUCCAAGUGUUCAAAGACUUGAAUAAAUUAUGACCCGCUUGGGUUAAGUGCAA